AUGGCUGUUUACCCGGGUCAGGGGAACAUCUUUCUCCGUGGGCGGGUGUGGUCCGUCCGCCCCGGGUUUUCAAACCUCCUUUUCUCCCGGGCCGCAGAAGGGGGGGGGGGGGGGGUGGGAGGGGGACCCCACGGGCCCGCCGGGUUGGCAGGGCAUUUGGGAUUUUGCACCCCGGGGUUCCUGGGAAGGCUGCCCAGUUCCCGGGGGGGCAGUGGAGAGGGGGGUUGA